GCUGCCCCUCCUCCCCGCCUCCCGCAAGAUGGCGGCGAGCGCGGCGCGGGCUGGGGGUGGUUGAGGGCGCAGAUUAGUUCUUUUGGAGAUUAAACACUUGGAGAGGAAAAUGACAUCGAUUAUCAAGUUGACUACGCUCUCGGGGGUGCAGGAGGAAUCUGCCCUCUGCUAUCUUUUGCAAGUAGAUGAGUUUCGUUUUCUUUUGGACUGUGGCUGGGAUGAAAACUUUUCUAUGGAUAUUAUUGAUUCUCUGAGGAAGCAUGUACACCAGGUUGAUGCUGUUCUUCUUUCCCACCCUGAUCCUCUACACCUUGGUGCACUUCCAUAUGCAGUUGGAAAAAUGGGAUUGAAUUGUGCCAUUUAUGCAACUAUUCCUGUAUAUAAAAUGGGACAGAUGUUUAUGUAUGAUCUCUACCAGUCCCGCCAUAAUACUGAAGAUUUCACACUCUUUACAUUGGAUGAUGUAGAUGCAGCCUUUGAUAAGAUACAACAGCUGAAGUUUUCUCAGAUUGUGAACUUAAAAGGCAAAGGACAUGGUUUGUCAAUCACACCAUUGCCGGCUGGUCACAUGAUAGGAGGCACAAUUUGGAAGAUUGUCAAGGAUGGGGAGGAAGAAAUUGUUUAUGCCGUUGAUUUCAACCACAAGAGGGAGAUCCAUCUGAAUGGAUGUUCCUUGGAAAUGUUGAGCAGGCCUUCAUUGCUUAUUACAGAUUCAUUUAAUGCUACUUAUGUACAACCCAGGAGGAAGCAAAGGGAUGAACAGCUGCUGACUAAUGUUUUGGAGACAUUACGAGGUGAUGGAAAUGUAUUAAUAGCCGUGGAUACAGCAGGCAGAGUUCUGGAGCUUGCUCAGCUUCUUGAUCAGAUCUGGAGAACAAAAGAUGCAGGAUUAGGAGUCUACUCUCUUGCACUUUUGAAUAAUGUCAGCUACAAUGUAGUGGAAUUCUCUAAAUCACAGGUUGAAUGGAUGAGUGACAAGUUGAUGAGGUGCUUUGAAGACAAGAGAAACAACCCUUUUCAGUUCCGCCAUCUCUCCUUAUGUCACAGUCUGUCUGAUCUGGCUCGAGUGCCUAGUCCAAAAGUUGUUCUUGCGAGUCAGCCUGACUUGGAGUGUGGGUUUUCUAGAGAUCUUUUCAUUCAGUGGUGCCAGGAUUCCAAAAACUCCAUAAUUUUAACUUAUCGCACUACACCUGGAACAUUAGCACGAUUCCUGAUUGAUAAUCCUUCUGAAAAAGUUAUAGAUAUUGAGUUGAGAAAACGUGUCAAGUUGGAAGGAAAAGAACUUGAAGAAUACCUAGAAAAGGAAAAACUAAAGAAAGAGGCAGCUAAGAAGUUAGAGCAGUCUAAAGAGGCAGAUAUUGAUUCCAGUGAUGAGAGUGAUGCUGAAGAGGAUAUUGAUCAGCCAACUUUACAUAAGACCAAACAUGAUUUGAUGAUGAAAGGUGAAGGUAGCCGGAAAGGAAGCUUCUUCAAACAGGCAAAAAAAUCUUACCCAAUGUUUCCAGCUCCUGAAGAAAGAAUUAAAUGGGAUGAAUAUGGUGAAAUUAUCAAACCUGAGGAUUUUCUAGUUCCAGAGCUUCAAGCAACAGAAGAAGAAAAAAGCAAAUUAGAGUCUGGUUUGACAAAUGGAGAGGAGCCUACGGACCAGGAUUUAUCAGAUGUUCCUACCAAAUGUAUUUCUGCAACAGAAUCCAUGGAAAUUAAAGCCAGAGUUACAUACAUUGACUAUGAAGGACGUUCAGAUGGGGACUCAAUUAAAAAAAUUAUUAACCAAAUGAAACCAAGACAACUGGUGAUUGUCCAUGGACCACCUGAGGCCAGUCAGGACCUUGCAGAAUGUUGCAGAGCUUUUGGUGGAAAAGAUAUUAAAGUUUACAUGCCCAAACUUCAUGAAACUGUAGAUGCUACAAGUGAAACUCACAUUUACCAGGUCAGGUUGAAAGAUUCUCUUGUCAGCUCUCUUCAGUUCUGUAAAGCCAAGGAUGCUGAGUUGGCUUGGAUAGAUGGCGUUCUGGACAUGAGGGUUUCAAAAGUGGAUACUGGAGUUAUUUUGGAAGAGGGAGAGUUGAGGGAAGAUGAAGACUUAGAAAUGCAAGUGGAUGUGCCUUCUUCAGACUCUAGUGUGAUUGCACAACAAAAGGCCAUGAAAAGCCUCUUUGGUGAUGAUGACAAGGAGAUGUGUGAGGAGAGCGAAAUCAUUCCGACUUUGGAACCUCUGCCACCUCAUGAGGUUCUUGGGCAUCAAUCUGUGUUUAUGAAUGAGCCAAGACUGUCUGACUUCAAGCAGGUUCUCUUGCGGGAAGGCAUACAAGCUGAAUUUGUUGGAGGAGUGCUUGUGUGCAACAACCUGGUAGCUGUCCGCAGGACUGAAACAGGGCGUAUUGGAUUGGAAGGCUGCCUCUGCCAGGACUUCUACAGGAUAAGAGACCUUUUAUAUGAGCAAUAUGCUAUUGUCUAAGAAAAAUGCUGCAAAGGUGUUUUCACUUGAACUUUUACAGACAAUGGAGGUUUCUUCCAUUUCUGACUUUUUGUAGUUUUCUAAUUUAUAUGGGGAAACCUAAUUCCUAAAGAACAGUUAGCUGCCAUGAACAUGUGAGUAACUGCUACUGUCGUUCAUAAAUCUGUUGGUGCAUUCCAUGUAGUUGACUCUUCAACUGUUACAACUUGGCAUCUCCCACAUAACACAUUAUAAAUGAGUUUAUGACUAUGAAUGCUUCUCAGCAGGGGUUCAAUUUGUCAGGGCAUGUUUUGGUUUCACAGAUUCUCUGUCAGAGAGUACAAAACAUGUAAAAAUCAUUCUUUUGUUCUAAAAUAAGAUUGGAAAAAGAGCUUUGGUUUCUUUGGUUGUGUUUGUUUUGGUUUCUGUGUGGUUGUUUUUGGUUUUGGUUGCUUGGGAGUUUUUAAAUAAGUUUGAUUUCGGGAACAGUCUCAAGUAUCUCCCUCUUUUGUUUUUAAAUUGAGGUUAGUUGAAGUACAUUAUUAACAGCCUACUUAAAGCUAGACUGCUUAAAGUUUCCCCAGUGUUAAUCUGGCUGCAUGUGCCGUAUCUGUUCCGUCUUACUGAUUUGUUCUGAAACAGCAUUUCAUAUUCUAAUCUGCAGGAUAAAAAAAUUACUUGGGCAAUUACUCCAAGAAGAUUGGAAUAUAUUUUCAGGUAGUUUAAAAUGCAGUAAUUAUGCUUGAGAGUAACUUCUGUGCAAACUUACAGAAUUUGUAACUCCUAGCUCUUGCAAAAUUAUGCCAAUUAUAAAAACUUAGAAAAGUUCUGAUUUUAAUACUUUUCAAAGUCUAAACCUUUAUCCAUGCACUGAUGUUUGUUCAGAGUGCCAUGAGCCAUGUUCAGGAAGAUCUUUUCUCUUGAAAUCUGGGUUCAUGUAAUGUGUUUAAUGAUUUUGUACCAUGUUCUGUUCUAGAUGACAGUAGCUGCUGAUGAUAGGAAUUUACCUUACCUUUUAGGUAAGGAUAAACACAGUUUCAAGUUCAUUAAUUUCUCAGAAAUUAACUUAUGAAAACAAAUGGCCUCUCAAGUUUAUUUAAUCCUUUUCUCCCCAUCCAUGUGUGAAACACCAGCUUUGGCAGUGGAGAGUUGUUUGCUUUUUACAUAGAACAAUGUAAUAUAUGCUCUUUGUGUGUAUGCUUAAAUAAAACCUUUUGAAAAAGUGA